ACAUACGAAUAGCGUAUUCGUAUCGCUAUCAGCUGGCUGGAUUGGAAAUUUUGUGAAUGCGUAGUAAACUGUGUUUAUUUAUAAAUUGGCUAAGAAACUAGAUAGUACAAAAUGGCAACAGGCGUAAAACCUCGUGAUGAAGAUCAUCAAAUGACUAGAAAUGAUCUCGAAGUUAUUCAAGACGCGAUGAAGAGUAAGAAGUUUCGAGACCUACUCGCCGAGUACUGUGAAGAGGUACGUGACCCGGCAAAUCAAGCGUUAUAUCAGGAAGAAAUGACCAAACUAGAGAAAGAACGCGGUUACAAUGUGACUUUCAUCAAUCCCAAGGGGGGUUAUGUUAUUAAAACAAGUGUAGCUGGUGACAGAAAAGCAUUCAUCAAUAUCUGUAGCAAUGAAAAAGUCGCCAAACCAUCUUGUGAAGUUCAAGAAGUCGGCGGCAAGAGAGGUAUGAAUUGGCAAAUUCCAUACUCUAUUAUUCCCCCUCGAGACGAUUAUGAUCGUAAAAGAGCACGAUGUGUGAUUUAUGAUGUCGUGUUUCACCCAGACACACUGCGCAUGGCGGAGGUUAAUAAAAGAUUUCGUGAACUUGUAAAUAAAACUGCCCUGGAUGGGUUGACUAAAACAUACAACAUUCAUUUUGACAGCAAUAAUUUCCGUUUCAUAAAAUCUAAUUAUAAAGGCAUGAUGGUACCUGCCGUUAUACGAAAGGAAGAUCCAGAUUAUAAGCCAGGAACUCAUACAGAAGAAGAAACUGAAGAAUUCCCUCAGGAAUUAGUUGACAAAUUAUACCCACAACAUAUAUAUCCUCAAAAAUCCGAUGAAUUAUCUGAAGCAAGCACUUCAAACCUUCAUAACCAUUCUGGAUUAAGGAGAAACAAACCUGAGUUCACACACACUUCUGACAGAGGUUAUACUAUACCAAAAUAUUUAAUAAAACAGCAAAAAAGCAUAGACUUACAAGAUUAUACUUAUCAAAAAGAUAGUAAACAGUAUACUGCUAUUCCCAGUAAUAUAAUUGUGGAAAUUAACCUCCCGCUUCUUUCAUCUACGAAGGAUUGUAAUCUAGAUGUCAAUGAAAAAUCUUUGAGCUUGGUCUCAGAAAAACCUGCCAAAUAUAAGCUGAAUGUCACACUGCCAUAUGCAGUUAAUGAAAAGUGUGGCAAUGCUAAAUUUGACAAAUCGAAGCAUAAGUUAAUUGUUACUUUACCAGUGAUAAGGAACAGGGGUGUUGAAAAUUCCUCAAAAGUUGACAGUGGUGUUGAAAGUGAAGAAAACUCUGGUUCACAAAGUGAUGAAGAUCAUAGAGACAACUUAGUAGUAGAGAUAUCUUCUACAUCAUCGGAGAAUUCAAUAGUGAAGCCUACACAGGAAGAUUAUAAACCAAGACAGGAAAUGUUUUUUGAUUCGUCGUUAAGUUACAUAUUUCCUUCAUAUACUCACAAUGUUAUGGAUGACAUUGUGGCCUUCACCUUCCAUGUAAAAAAUACUGAACCUGAGUCAGUCAUAGUUAAGUCUGAAUAUAAUAAAAUUUUCAUUAAAUUCACAUCUGUUGGAUCUGGCUUUGUCCCAUUGCAUUAUGCAGCAUUAAUUAUUUUUGAAGAACAUGUGAAGUUUGAAAAUGCAACAGGUGAAGCAUGGGAUAAUAAUGUUAUUCUACAACUGGAAAUUGCAGGCAAUGUUCCACAUCAAUUCCAGAUUGGUUUAAAUGAGAGUUCACUGCUCUCUGAAUAUUUUGAUAUUUCUCACGUCAAAUCAGAAGAGAAAGCAAAAUUAAAAAAUAAUCAUGAUGAUCAUGAAGAAUCAAUACCAGUGGUUGAAGUUACUAAUUUGGGUAGUGAAACUAAUAUAGUUGUAUCAUCUAAUCAUGAUGAAUUAGAUGAAGAUGACCUAGAGUCCCCAACAGCAGAAGAGAGGGAUAUUGUAUGGACUGAGUCCAACUGUGUGAAUGGUGCGAAAAGUAUUCUCCGGAAACCAAUGUUUAUAAAAAGAAGCUAUUCCGAGUCAAGCACGGGGGAUGUUGCCUCUUCUAUGGACUAUAUAAGCUCAGAUUGCAUACCUGAGGAAUCAAGCUUGAAAAAGACUGUUAGAUUUAAUGAUGUUAUUGCCAGGCAAUUUUAUAGAUAUAAUUCAUCAAUAGAAGGUCAGAAGAAGAAAAACCAGAGGAAGAAGAGUAAAAAACGUAAUCUAGAAAGGCGUAAGAGUGAAAGUGAGGCAGAGGAUGAAGUAUUCAGCUCGGAUAAGGUAACAAAACCAAGGAUAAAAUCUGUUCUGAAACCCCGUCGUGAUAGCGGUCUAGCCGACACCUCGGAUGCUGAGGCCGACCACAAAAACACGCCCGAUUCAUCUUUCAAUGAUUCGGUUUUCCAUUACGAAGAAGACGAAGACGUCAUUGGUAACAAUGGGGAUAACAAGUUUAAAUCGGUAUUAAACAUAGAUUAUAGAAAAAAAGAGCCAUCAGAACCAACUAUUUGGGAGUCUACCAGUGAAGGGAAGAAGUACGAAACACCUAAACCAGUGACCUGUGAUAAUAUCAAGCAUAAAACCGAUCUCUACAAUCCAGACAGGCUGAACAAAGGGCAAUAUCAAGAGGUCAUGUUCAAAAAUGAUCUCAUCUUUGAUUUGGACAUGUGAGGUUUGCCUUUGCUGUUAUUUAGUUCCUUUAAUGUUAGAAUAGUGAUUGUAUGAAAAAAAAAGAAAUGAAAUGUAGUUUGUGUUAGUAUUUCCUUUGCAUUUCAUAUGGAUAGAUUAGUAACAGUGCUGGUUUAUGGCAAUGGUUUGGUUUGCAAUACUUGUUGUAUCAAUCCAGUGUGUUCAUGUGUCAAUGUCAAUUAUUUUGGUUAUUAUUUAAAAUAUUAUUUUAUCCAGAUAACAAAAAUCGUAACUAUUGAAAUUUGGAAACUAAUUCUUUAUUAUGUAUUAAGAUAAAAUUAUGCUCAUUUUAGACAAUAUUUAUAUAUAAAAUGCAUUUAAUGGUACAAAUUAGAUUACUAUUGUUGUAGGUCAAGAUUUAGAAAGGCCAAAUACUAGCAAGUAUUUUUUAAUACUGCACAUAGAUUGCACUUACAACACUAAAAUAAGGGUUUCACUAUCGCAAUUUUAAUGAGCUAGUCUUAAGUAACACGUAAAUUCUCGUAUUUAUACAAAACAACCAGUUUUAUGCAUCAGUAACAAUUUUACCACUGGAUUUUACAGUAUGUUAUUAUAAUGUUAGAACAUAAGGUUUGGGAAAUUUUGUUGAACAAAAAGCCCAUGUGAAGUAACUGUAAUUCGGCUGCGCCGAUAAAAUAUGCCAGUUUUGAUAUAUAUACGUUUUUUUUAAUUUUAUCCUAAUUUCUGAAAUAAGUCCACUAAAAAAAAGUAUUUGCAAUAUAAAAUUAAUGAGCGAAGCGCUAAACAACGUAAGAUUAAUCCACUAAGAAUAAUUUAAUAACGUCAUACGAAGCAAAACAAGUAGAUAACCUUAUUUUAACUUUAUAAUAUUUAGACCUAGAGAAUUCAUAUUUAAAUCGCCACGAAGCUUAAACCUUAUACAACAUGUUACAAUUUGGCUAUUAAGUAUCUUGCAUAAAAGUAGAUAAUCCAAAUAUCUGCACCGCUUUAUGAAAUUAUUAGUAAAAUAUGUACCAGUAUCGUAUAUGAAACGGUUAUACCAGUGUCACGUGCCUUUCUUUUGUGGUGCGUACCAGUGAAAUAUUGAAGAAUUUUUGAGUUUUUUACGGAACUGUUGUCAUAACCAAUGCAUUUUAUUUCAUAUUAUUAUUAUUAUAAUGUACCUAGUACCUAAUCGUGUUUGACGGGGUGUUUGAUUAUGAAGUUACGUUUUAUGUAAAGUUUAGAACUAAUGAAAUGAUAUUGUGAUUUUGUGCAUUAGUGUUAUAGUAUGAUUCAUUAAAAAUGAGAAA